AUGGCUAACCUUACAAAACUAGAGUUCGUUGCCCUUGAUAUUUUGGGCAAGAACUACCUAUCAUGGGUGCUAGAUGCUGAAAUCCAUCUUGAUGCUAUGGGUCUUGGAGACACCAUUAUAGAAAAUAAUAAAGCAUCCAACCAAGAAAAUGACAAGGCUAUGAUAUUCUUGCGUCAUCAUCUUGAUGAGGACCUGAAAAUUGAAUAUCUUACUAUUAAAGAUCCACUCGUUUUAUGGAAAAACUUGAAAGAAAGGUAUGACCACCUGAAGAUGAAACGAUUAGUGAUUCGAUCAGUGGAAAAGACGUUCUCCACUUUCAUGCCUCGAAUGUGCUCCUGCAAAGAAUAUCGAGAGAAAGGUUUCACAAAGUAUUGCGAUUUGAUUGCUCAUCUUCUUGUGGCUAAACAAAAUAAUGAUUUGCUGAUGAAAAAUCACGAGAAUCGACCUACUGGCGCUGCACCACUCCCUAAAGUGAAUGAGGUGUAUGCCAACUACUCCAGGUGUGAAAAAGGUCGUGGCCCCGGUCGUGGUCAUGAUAAUAGUCAUGGUCGUGAUAAUAGUCGUGGUCAUGGUCACAAUAAUGGUCAAGGAAGAAAUUAUUUUCCUGGUGUUAAUCACCCUUCAAAGAAAAAUUACCACCAAAAGGGGAAAAAGAAGGAUGAGAGGCAUGAAGUGCCAGAAGCACGUGGCUCAGAAAAUAAAUGCUAUCGAUGUGGUGGAAGUAGACACUGGGCCCGUUCCUUUCGUACGGCGAAGCACUUGGUUGAGCUUUAUCAGGCAUCAAUAAAAAGGAAAGAAAAAAAUCCCAAAACUAAUUUUAUCUCUGAAAAUCAAAUUGACAUCACACACUUGGAUGUAGCAGAUUUCUUUGAGCACCCCGAAGGAAGGAUAAAUCACUUGAUUGGUGAUGGAUCUGUUAUGAGAGAUGAUUGA